AUAUUAUUGGUUCAGGCUAUUUUAGUACCGUCGUGUUGAUACUCGCGGCUGGUCGGUCGGUUCUGGCCGUUUUUCUAUCGUUAACAUCUAUUUUACGUAAAAGAAAAAGAAAAACAAUAACAAUUCGUUUGUCUAAAUUUUGUCCGACAUGACAAAACUUGUUUUCAAUGAUAAUUAUUAUCUGUAAUCUGUGAUAAUAAUCCAAUUAACAUUGUAUCUUGCAACGUAAAGGUGAGAAAUAGUUAGUGUUUUUCGUUAAGUAUAGUAAAAAUUAUCAGUGUUAUUAUUGGUGGUGCUCUUAAAUGUUCAGUAUCCGGUUGUAAAAUUAAUUUUCUUCGGCGGCAUCGUUUACCGAAUGUCAGGAAAGGUUUCAAUAAUGGCUGAAUAUUAUACAAAAAGAAGACUCAACGGAUUGCUGACAGAAUAUAUAUACAAAUAUAUGUCUGUCAUGUUCAUUCCGAUAAAAAAAUAUUGUUCCCCAGGAACAAUACGGCUACAUGUAGAUGCAGUACCAACUCUUUUUCUUAAGAAUGGAUCAGCAUCAGGUACUGAGAAGGAGCUUAUUUCAUCUCAGAGUAUUGACGAGCUGCCAUCUGUUUCCAAUAAUUUAGAAGAACAGGAAUUUCUAGGAGCAUCAGAAGCAAAGACAGAAGAAACUAAGCUUUCUGAAACAAAUGAAAGAAUAUUAAGUAGAAGGAACUGAAGAGCAUAUAUGGAUACAGACCCAAUCAAAAUUGCACCGAUUGAAAAUUAGAAUUCUUUUAUUAUGUAAAAUAAUAACCGAGUUUUCAUGAAAAAUAUGAAAAUAUGCAUAUCACAAAAUGAU